UUCUGUUCGCCCCCGUUGCUCUUUGCAGCUGCUCCUUGCGCAGAGCGCCCACAGGCGCGGGAAGCGCGCAAGCGGUCCUGCGGGUUGGCGCAACGCAAACAGGCGGCAGGCCUCCCGUAUGUUUCGCUAUGCGCAGGCCCUCGGUGUUGUGGUCCAAUCGGCAAACAGUAUUGCCCCGGCCCAACAGCCUUGCGCUCCGGCGGCAGCCGGAGCAUGGCUGGUAUUUAUUACGGGUAUAUUAUUCGUUCAGGACGAAACGAACAAGUUGGUUGCCUAAGCUAUUUCAGUUUACCGACGACAAAUAUUCCAGAUCCCUUCCUUCCACUUGAUAUCGUAGUAAGCUAUCGACUUUUCGUCAGUCACACUCACGGGAGUUCUCCCGGUUAUUUUCGUCAGUCACACUCUACUGCUUGAAGUGAAUGUUGUGAUUUCCAGUAUAUGUUCGAUAUCAGAUGCGCCACUACCUGUAACCAAAUUGAUGUAUGUAUUUGUGAGGAUGUGGUAUCGUGAUUUUCGCAUUUUCUGCUACGUUGUGAAAUAAUCAUAUUGUACUUUGCAAAAGUUUUUGCGAUGACUUCUUACACUCGACGUACUUCCCAGAUGAAAAGUAGUAUUGCGUUACUUUCACACACACAUUCACUUCUUGAGAAUUCCUACCCUCGCAUGAGUUUAUUCGAUCAUUGAAUUUUGCUGCAAGGGACUUUCUCCCUGCAUGAGCAUGACCUGGAAGAUGGUACUGUCCCCACCACUAACUUUUAUUGCAGAGGAUCAUCUUCUAGAUGCGCAGCUGAAUUCGGGUCUUGGUCAACACAUUGUGUCUGGCCACUUGUAUAUGUUCGUCUUUCAACAUCAUGUUGUUGGAUCAAACUUGUCGGGUGCAAAAGAGCACGACGGACGAG